CUCAGCUGGCGCUGGCGACUUCCAGAAGAAAAAGAGAGCGACCGCUUUGCUUUGCUCCCUCGAGUUCUGCCCUGGAUUUACGCACCAAACGGCGCCGCGUUUGGACACCCAGAGUUCCCGUGGCUUGCUGCAGUGAGCGUACGACAGCCUACGAACCGUAAGAGCUGCACCAGGGGACUUGAGCUGAGCGCCGAACCGUCGAAUUGGGCCAAAAACACAGAUGGAGCCUGUAAUCGUGCAACAUCAGUUCGAGGGGAUGGCCUCGUCUGAGGAUUCGUCAACGUCGUCAACGCCGCCGCUGGUUCCCAUGCUGCCCGAGGGCCUGCGUCGUCGCUGGCUGAACCUGGACGACGAGGACGAGGACCCGACCGAGGUGCCCGGCCUGCGCGAGGUCAAGGAGCUGCUUGCCCGCGACGACGAGGCCAGCGUUCUCGAAGAGGAGGACGAGGGCUGCCCAUUGCCCAGCACGCCCAUCGACACCGAGCUCUUGGAGGAGUCUGAGGAGUUGGGGCUUGGUGCUUUGGCUCACAAGGCCGCCGAGCAAGCGGAAGAGUUCGUCCUCAAGGUCUGGGAGGUUUCGUGGAACGUGUGCCACUUCCAGCAUCUGCCCAGUUGGCUCCAGGACAAUGACUUUCUGCACACUGGCCACCGGCCGCCGCUGCCCACAUUUUCAGCCUGCUUUAGGUCAAUUUUCAGGAUACACACCGAAACUGGCAACAUCUGGACCCACUUGCUCGGUUGCGUAGCUUUCAUUGGAAUGGCCACGUACUUCCUAAGCCGUCCCUCAAUCGAGGUGCAGCUGCAGGAGAAGCUGGUGUUUGCUGCAUUCUUCUUGGGUGCUAUCCUCUGCCUCGGAAUGUCAUUUGCGUUCCACACCAUGUGCUGUCACUCUGAAGUUGUUGGCAAACUAUUCAGCAAGUUGGAUUAUUGUGGAAUAGCCAUGCUGAUCAUGGGCUCGUUUGUGCCAUGGCUCUACUAUGGUUUUUAUUGCGACUUCCAGCCCAAGGUAAUCUACCUGUGUGUCGUUACCCUGCUUGGCGUCGCGUCGAUGGUUGUCUCGCUUUGGGACAGAUUCUCAGAACCCAAGUACCGAGGACUCAGAGCUGGCGUCUUCAUGACUUUUGGACUGAGCGGAGUGGUACCGGCAGUGCACCACGCAGUUGCGGACGGCUGGUUUAAUGCCAUCUCGAAGGCAUCACUCGGCUGGCUCAUCCUGAUGGGCUGUCUCUACAUCCUGGGCGCGCUCUUCUACGCCCUCCGCGUCCCUGAGAGGUUCUUUCCUGGCAAAUGUGAUUAUGUGUUCCAGAGUCAUCAGAUAUUCCACGUUCUGGUCGUGGCGGCUGCCUUUGUGCACUACCACGGGAUCUCUGAGAUGGCCAUGUACCGGAUGAGCAUUGGUUCUUGCGACGCACAGAACGAUCCACCACUCGACUUCUGAACAGAACCUAAGAGAUUGAAGACUUGAGGCUUUUUCGUACACAGCCCUUGUAAGGAGCCGAAACAGCAGGAAUGUUCCCCCUUACUCGUCCUUGUCCAACCCAAACGCAGGCAACACCCACCAUCCCUGACGCACUCUAGUUUUGUACUUUCCCUGGAAUCUAACCACUUUCCAACGUCCUGGUUUGACUUAAUAGCUCGACCAAAAAGUAGAUCUUAAUUUUUCUUUUGUCACUUGUCGUAUUCUUCGGAUUAGCUCGAGUGAUGAGAAAUGGUUGUAUGUAGAAAGAAUCACGCACGGAAGGUGUAAGCUGGCUGACCUCCUUGCUUUUCGCCUCGAUCUUGUGUUUCUUCUCAGAAAAUGUAAGAAUUACUAAAACUACGUAAUCGUGUAAACCGCUGACUACCGAGCAACGCAGCCCAAAGGCCACAAGUAGACUUCAAAGCUCAAACUAGAGCCCCGCGACUCAUGCAAUUUCGAGCAAUUCUUAGCCAGACUCGCAUCUCAUAGUCACAUUCCACAAACUUUCACGUCGCCUUUCGGCUGGCCUGCUAAUGUGUGAUUUUCAAGUCCGAAAAAAAAGAAAAGAAACCCUGAGGCAGUCGCCGUAAGCUGUUUUGUAUGUUUUUUAUUGGGACGCAGUCACUGGCCCUAUAGCUCUCCGGCGGUGCAAAAUAUUUAUAGUUUAGCCGGUGUUUUAAUUUUUUUGGUGUUUCACAAAGAAAAUUUCCAAAGAAUUAAAAAAACUGCUUCUCUACAAGGACACAGGAAUGCAUGUUUGUUAUUGUUUGUUAUUAACCUAUGUUUAGCAUUAUUCAGAUGUUGCUUCUGAUGAACGCAAUGGUUUGUGAUGUUGGGUACACAAUAAAGAAAAAUUUAAAAAUUA